AUGGGUGCAGUGCUCUCGCAGAAGGCCACAGACGGCAAAUGGCACCUGGUCGCGUAUUUCUCUAAAUCACUCAGUGAAGCAGAGCGCAACUAUGAGAUCUACGACAAGGAGCUUCUGGCCAUCAUGCUUGCGCUUGAAGAAUGGCGACAGUACCUUCUGGGCGCCCGUCAUACAUUCGAAAUCUGGUUGGAUCACCAGAAUCUCACAUACUUCCGUGAAGCUCGCCGCCUCAAUCGCCGCCAAGCUUGCUGGUUCACCGAGAUGCAGGAGUACGACUUUACACUCCACCACAAGCCUGGCAGCCUCAUGGAUCGUCCUGAUGCGCUUUCACGUGAAGCAGGACAUGAAAGAGGGGAGGACAACAGCCAGGACAUUGUCCUGCUCAAACCCGAGUUUUUCCGUGUCCUGCUUCGCGCUACAGCACUCGAUUUUGCUGGCGAAGAUGAGCCCACAAUACACCGGAUUAAGGACUAUGCUAUUGAACACGAGGAAUCUGUCGAAUUGGCCCUGCUCACCAAGAAUCCAUGCUGGAAGGAGCACGCAGACGGCCUACUCACGCACGACAACUGCAUCUAUGUGCCGCCUAACAAAGCCUUACGCGCGGAUAUCAUUAAAGCGCACCAUGACUUGCUCGCUGCAGGACACCCAGGAUGCUACAAGACAGAAGAGCUUAUCACACGGACGUAUUGGCGGCCCAGCAUUGGGAAGGACGUAGGAUGCUAUGUGGCAAGAUGCCAGCUCUGCCAGCUCAUCAAAUACCGACGAGAAAGCCCUCACGCACCGCUCCAACCCAACAAGACGCCUACUUGCCCAUUCAAAGUCAUCUCCAUGGACUUUGUGGGCCCGUUACCGGAAUGCGAAGGCUUCAACAUGAUACUCAACGUCAACGACCACUUUAGCCGACACGUUAUCUGUAUUCUCUGCAGAGAUACCACAGACUCAGGCCAGCUUGCCCAACUCUUCCAUGAUCACGUCUACAGUGAGCACGGCCUACCGUGCAAGAUCAUCACCAACCGUGGCUCUACCUUCGUCUCCUCGUUCACACGCGCUCCCAUGGACCAACUUGGCAUUGUCGGGAACCCCUCAAUGGCAUAUCAUCCACAGACCAAUGGACUCACCGAGCAUUACGACCAAGAGCUCAAAACCUUCUCCGCCUCUACGUGGACUACCACCAGAGCGACUAGUGGACUCAAUUCCCGCGCUACAGACCACGUACCCGCCGCCACGUCAUACGCGCAGCAUUUCAAGAAGGUUCAUGAGGAGAUUGUGUCCGCACUACGUCAGGCUAAGGACUCCAUGAAGGAGGUUUACGAUCGACAUCACCAGGACGCUCACAACUACGAGGUUGGUGACCAGGUGUGGCUUGAAGCGACCAAUCUCAAGUCUAAAUGUCCUUUGCCCGCACUCAAUGAACGGUGUCAUGGCCCAUUCAAGAUUCUCGAGAACAUCGGCGUAUCUGCAUACUGUCUUGACAUCCCUCCGACAUGGAAGACACACAAUGUGUUCAACGAGGCUCUUCUUACGCCCUACACCCCGCCCGCCUUUGCGAACCAAGCCAACCCGCCAGAGCCCCCACCUGAAAUGAUCGAUUGCAAAGAGCAAUACAAGGUUGAGGCCGUUAUCAACUCCAAGAUCAUCAGCCGAGGCGCACACCGGAGCAUGAUGUACUUGGUCAAGUGGAAGGGAUACUCCGACCGCCACAACAGUUGGGAGCCCGUCGCCAACUUGAUGCAGGACGCCGACGAAGCAAUUGACGAUUACCACAAGGCACAUCCGCGACGUAUGUGUGUCUAG